CGGGUGGGGCGCAGCCCCGGAAGAGGACGGAGCGGGGUCCCCGUCGUCUGCCGGCCAUGGACGAGGCCGACCGGCAGCUCCUGCGGCGCAGCCGGGUACGGCUGGUGAGCGAGCUGCAGGUGGCCGAGCUGUGGGACGUUCUGGUCAGCCGGGAGCUCUUCACGCCCGACAUGGUGGAGGACAUCCAGCACGCAGGCUCCGGGACGCGCCGGGACCAGGCCAGGCAGCUGGUCAUCGACCUGGAGAGCCGAGGGAGGCAGGCCCUUCCUGUGUUCAUCUCCUGCCUGGAGGACACGGGGCAGGACGCACUGGCUUCGUUCCUGAGAACUGGCAGGCGGGAGCAGGCUCUCGAGGCCAUCAGAGUCCCACCCUUGGUGCCCUUGGAGCUCGGGCCUCUGGGCCUCAAAGCAGAGAAGCCGAUGAUGGGCAAGCGGGAUCUUUCGGCGGCGGUGGUGACCCCCCCGGAAAACCUCUCCCCCGUGGUGCUGGGGCCCAAGGAGCUGUGUUCAGCUAAACUCAGGCCGGAGGUUCUCAGACCAGUGGACUCUGCUUCUGGAGGAUUCGGUGAUGUAUGUGUUCAGGGGAGAGCGAGAGGAGACACAGAUUUGGCGUAUGUCCUGAACGCAGACCCCUGUGGCCACUGCCUCAUCAUCAACAACGUGAACUUCAGCAGCGACUCGGGGCUCAGCACCCGCACCGGCUCCAAUAUCGACUGCGAGAAGUUGCAGCGCCGCUUCUGCUUGCUGCAUUUUGCUGUGGAGGUGAAGUCCGACCUGACCGCCAAGGAGAUGCUCCUGGCUUUGGAGGAGCUGGCGCGGAGGGACCACAGCACCCUGGACUGCUGCGUGGUGGUCAUCCUGUCGCAUGGCUGCCAGGCCAGCCACCUGCAGUUCCCAGGGGCCGUCUAUGGUACAGACGGAUGGCCCGUGUUCAUCGAGAGAGUGGUGAACAUCUUCAACGGGACUGGCUGCCCCAGCCUGGGCGGGAAGCCCAAGCUGUUCUUCAUCCAGGCCUGUGGCGGGGAGCAGAAGGACCGUGGGGUUGAGGUGGCCUCCACUUACUCUGAAGAUAGCGCCGCUGGCCACAGCCCAGAGCCGGAUGCCACCCCGUUCCAAGGAGGCCCGAGGACUGCUGAUGACCAGCCAGACGCUGUGUCUAGUUUACCCACGCCCAGUGACAUCCUCGUGUCCUACUCUACCUUCCCAGGUUUCGUCUCCUGGAGGGACACCCAGAAUGGCUCCUGGUAUGUGGAAACCCUGGACUGCAUCCUGGGGCAGUGGGCGCACACCGAGGACCUGCAGUCCCUCCUGCUCCGGGUCGCAAAUGCCGUUUCCGAGCGAGGGAUUUACAAACAGAUCCCUGGGUGUUUUAAUUUUCUCCGGAAGAAACUUUUCUUUAAAACUUAGUGGGGUCAGGACCCCCUCACUUGGCUCACCCCGAAACCUUUGUGCUCCAGGUCUGGAACCUUCCAUUGCUCCAGGCUUUUGGAACCUGUGCAAGGGUCUGGACUUCUGCUCCCUGUGACGGACAGCUUGUAGCAGCUUCCGUGUGGGAGACAGGUGCAGGUGGAGGAAGAGCAGUGCCAUGGACACCACAGGGCUCUGCCCCCGGAGCUGGCUCUGGGCUAGGGACCGUCACCUGUGAGCCCUGGGCUUCCCGACCUGUGCGGUGCUGAUGUUGAGGACGGGACGACCCUUUGCCAUGGGGUCUGUGAUAUACACAGCAGGCUACUCAGCGCCACCCGUGGCUUCUGUCCCAUGGAUGUCGGGUGCCCCCGUUCCUGUGUGGUGCCAGUGUGCACAGGCACUGCCACAUGUGCCCUAGGGGCCAAAACUGUGCCCGCUGGAGAAUGGCUGACGUGCGGGAAUUUCUGCUACAGACGUGGGGCUGUGAGAACCUGUGGGGUCAGCUGGGCUCAGUGACUGCUAAAUGAUGCAUUGGAAAUAAUUCAUUUCUCUUGCCUUGUUACUCCCUGCAGUGCCACUCUGAGGUGGGUGUGGCCUCUCUGGCUGGCUUACUGCCUCCUCCUUGCUUUGCUGUCUCUCUCUUCUCGCUCAUAAAGGAGACUUGCUGUC